CACCCCCACCGCAUCACAAGUUGAGAGCCGAGCUUCAAUGUGGCUUACCAAGAAAACCAACCAUCGACCCCAAACCUUCAUGGUACAGAUUCUCUAUCUUUCAGUCGGAGCCAUCACACACCCUCCUCGCUGCAGUCCCCUCCCUCCCUUCCUCAUAAACCCGGACUGCUCAUGCCUCCCCCUCCCACCGCCUCCCCCUCCUCGUCCUGGACGGGGGCCUAGUCCAAUCCAAUCCAAUCCAGUCAUCUGCUGGGGCUGCGGUUCCUCCCCGUCUCCGAUCGCCGGCCGCCUCCCCCGACCCGUGCCCGCGCUUCGCUCCGAGGACAGGAUUCAAGAUGGGGCAUCAUUCAGAUGAUGAGUACUCAGUAGCCGGUGAUAAGCCGGAAGUAGAGUUCAUGGAUUUUCAGAAUGACAACACUCUUCAGGACUAUCAAUCUGAUGAUGGUCCCGUGGUUGUUACGGCUCCUUUCCCUUUUUUGAACGGAAAGCCUAAAUCUGUCCUUGUUGGACAAACAUCUGCAGAUGCCAUUCGCAUAGAGAAUACCUCUUGUGAGCCUGUAAAUUUGUGGAGUGUGAGAAUAUUCUCUUCAAAUCCAGAAGAUAGUUAUGUCUUGUCAAUGAUGAGACCACCGUUGAAUGAUUCCGAUGAAGCGGCAAAGAAGGCUUUUCUUGGUUUGACUUCUGUGGAAGAUCGUACACUUCAGCCUGGACAAACCCUAACCAUUUGGCUGUCCUGUAUGCCAAAAGACAUUGGUUUGCAUACAUCAAUCGUGCAUGUUGAUAUUGGGGAUGAGAAGAUUGAGCGUGUGGCUUUUCUGUUGGCCGAUGAUAAUGUUUCAAUGGCCUUAUCUUCUGAUAAACCUUAUUCCAGGAGACAAGGCUCUCAAAGGAAGCAAUUUGAGUGUAAUACAUUUGUGCCAGGUAGCCGGCCAAUUCGGCAGCACACUCAAGGAUUCAAGUAUAAGCUACCUCAGUAUGCAAUACCUGUGGAAAUCCGUGAGCUCAUUGAAUGCAAACAGAGACCUGAUGUCCUAUCUGAAGAGCUGAGCAUGAUGAACUAUGCAAAGUUCUUUAGCACUCUUUUAGUCAUGGAAGAACUUAAUUUGGAGGAGGAGAUGAGAUCGUACGACAUGGAGCGUGUGUCAAUGAGAAGGAGGGGUAAUGAUUAUUUGUCUCUUGAGGUCCCUGGUUUGGCAGAAAAAAGGCCUUCGCUAGUCCAUGGUGACUAUAUAAUUGCCAGACAUGCUGGGAGUGAUGCUAGGCCUUAUCAGGGCUACAUUCACAAGGUUGAAGCUGAUGAGAUAUUUUUGAGGUUUGAUGAUCAGUUUCACCACGCUCACCAUGACAGGAAUAAGUAUGAUGUUAGCUUCACAUAUAAUAGAUUGAACAUGAGAAGGCAAUAUAGGUCUGUUCAUGAUGCAGAACUUAUUGGACCUGACAUUCUAUUUCCAUCCCUAUCACGGUAUAGAAGUGUGAAGAAGGUGCCAUUUAAACCUCUGAACCCGAACAUAAACACUGAGCAAGCUGAUGCAGUUGGGAUGAUACUUGGCUGCCGAGGGGUUACACCAUACGUGAUUUAUGGACCUCCAGGAACUGGCAAGACCAUGACCCUUGUCGAGGCGAUUUUGCAGCUUUAUAAAUCCAAUAGGAGGGCAAAUGUUCUCAUAUGUGCUGCUUCCAAUAGUGCUGCUGACCAUGUAUUGGAAAAACUGUUGAGUUCUAGCUACCCGAUCCGCCCAAGUGAUAUCUUUAGGCUAAAUGCUCCUAGUCGUCAGUAUGACGAUGUUAAUCCUGAUUUCAUACGGUUCUGCUUCUUUGAAGAUAUGGUGUUCAAGUGCCCUCCAAUGCGAGCAUUAAUGCGCUACAAGAUAGUUAUAUCGACCUACAUGAGUUCAUCAACCCUACAGGCCGAGGGUAUUCGCCCGGGGCAUUUCACACACAUUUUCUUGGAUGAGGCCGGUCAAUCUUCUGAACCAGAGGCAAUGGUUCCUUUGGCAGCUUUGUGUGGAAGAGACACAGUGGUUGUGUUAGCAGGAGAUCCUAUGCAAUUAGGGCCGGUGGUUUUUUGUAAACAGGCGGAUCAGGAUGGUCUGGGAAAAUCUUAUCUGCAAAGGCUGCUCAGUGAAUUUGAGCAGUACCAUUCAGGGGAUCCUAACUACGUGACAAAGCUAUUGAGGAACUAUCGUUGCCAUCCAGCAAUCCUAGAGCUACCGUCACAGCUUUUCUACGAGGGUGAACUUAUCCCCUGUAAGGGAGAUGAAGUGCCAUCUGUUUACGAUUGUAUUGGCCUUCCCAAUAAGUCAUUCCCUGUUCUGUUUGUUGGAAUCCAGGGAUGCGAUGAGAGAGAAGGCAACAAUCCAUCAUGGUUCAACAGAAUCGAAGUUAGUAAAGUAGUAAAUAUCAUCAGGACUCUGACAAGGAAUGGCGAUGUCAGUGAGGCUGAUAUUGGUGUCAUUACUCCAUAUCGUCAACAAGUUAACAAGAUAAAGAAGGCCCUAGAGACGUUUGAAAUGCCCGACCUAAGAGUGGGAAGUGUUGAGCAAUUCCAGGGCCAAGAAAGGGAAGUGAUCAUCAUCUCAACAGUCAGGUCAACUGUUAAGCACAACGAGUUUGACAGAUUCUUCAACCUGGGGUUCCUGAGCAACUAUAGAAGGUUCAAUGUCGCAAUUACUCGUGCCAAAUCGUUGCUAAUUAUCGUCGGAAACCCUCACAUCAUCACUAAGGAUCGGCACUGGGAUAAGCUCCUGAGGUACUGCGCAGACAAUGGUUCUUAUCAAGGAUGUCCGCUCCCCCCACCAGAAGAAGAGGUCAGAUACUCGGGAUACGGCGACACCCGAGACCAGCCUGCUGGUGAUGGUUGGGGGUACAACCAAGAGGAGCCAGCAAACCACAUCCACAAUCAAGACCGGUCUGACAGUGGCUUCAGACACGACAAUGGCCGGUCCUCAACCGCACACGAAGAAGAAUGGUCCGAAGAAUGGUCCAAGGAGAAGCCAGACGGGGACUUACAUUCAUAUCCGGAUGCAGGAGCAGAACCUCAGGCAGAGACACAGCAGAAGCAGCAGCACGUCGAGGAAGAGGUUACUACUGGGCAGGACGACGUGCAGGCUGGCCACUGCUCAGCCAACGAUGUCGACAACGGUGCGGUCCAAGACGCAUAUGUGCAGAAGUACACGUUUCCUCCCGGUUGGGGUGACGUCUCGAGCAUCCCCGCGACAGGCUGGGAGUGACCGACCGACCAGAUUUCUUUUCUUUUCUUCUCCGUCGGGGCCAAUUGCUGUUGGUAGAAUAAGACGGGGGAUCGGCCUUGCGGAGCUAACUUCCGGGGGCAUCCUGAACUCACCCUCGUCGGAUGCUAAUUCUGAACGUCUCUAGUGUUUGUUCGCUGCGUCACGUUGUGUUAGGCUGUCGUGAACUGGAUCUUGAUUCUUCACUGUGCGUGGAUGGGUGGACGUGCUAAAGUACCAUCCCUGUUUGUUGAAUAGAAAUCUGAAAUGUAGUCGUCUUCUCA